AUGUACCCAGCGAUGCAGGUCGAGGGACGGAGCCUCUACUCCUUCCCUUCCACUCAGGCAGGUUUCCCCCUGGCGCCUGCUGCAGGCCCCAGGGCGCAGGCCCCCGUGCCCGCGAGAUCUUGCCCGCCGCCGCCGGCAGGGCUCUGGCAGCUGCCCGUCUUGAGUUGGGCACGUCCCUCUCUGCAGGAGGAGCACUCGAAAUUUGUCAAAAAAGAAUCAGGGGAUGAUUAUUCGAUGAUCUCUCGCUAUGAUUUAGUUGUUAUGGCUAUUCUUCAUUUUUCUUCCCUCAGACAGACGCAGGUUGUACGGCAACGCUCUGCAGCCUCUUUACUCGAUUGA